UCUUGCCUUCCCACGGCGCUGGCCCCGCGGCUCCCAGCAUCAUGCGGGUGUUUCUCCGCUGGCCGGGGCAGCUCGUGGCGGUGGCGGUGCUUGUGCUGCAGCCGGCUGGGAGUCUCGAGGUUCAGUGUCCCGUCCCAGAUAUCACACACGGGCAGCUGAAACCUGCACAGAACUUCACCUCCGGCAGCACGGCCGUGCUCGAGUGCGAUGCCGGCUACAUCCCCGUGGGUGGCACCACCACCACCAUGCGAUGCCUGGGCAGCGGCAGAUGGUAUCCGCGGGUGCCUGCCUGCACCUUAGGUCACUGUCCCUACCCUCCUGCCAUCGACUACGCAGACCGAAACCCUCAGCGUGAGUUUCCAGUUGGGACAAACGUGAUCUACUCCUGCAGAUCCGGAUACACUUUGCUUCCUGAAGUCUCUCCCAUAGCGACUUGCCUGAAAAAUUUCACAUGGUCCGUAAGCCCAAAGCUUUGCCAGAGGGUGCAGUGUCCCAGCCCAGCUAUCCCCCAUGGGAGAGAGAUCAGCCCCAGGAAAGCCGAAUACACCUUUGGGCAGCAGGUGGAAUUUCAGUGUGACCUUGGCUACGUGCUGAGGGGCAACCAGAGGAUCCAGUGCUCAUCUGAUGGGACGUGGAGGCCCCCCGUGCCAUACUGCGACAAGGUUUGUGGUCCUCCUCCAAAAAUCGCCAAUGGGCAGUACUCUGGCUUGAAAACAGAGCAGUUCCCCUACGGCUUAGAAGUAAAGUACAGCUGCGUGGAGGGUCUGUCCCUCAUUGGGGAUGAAUCCAUCUACUGCACCUCCAACGAUGGGGUGAACCUGGCCUGGAGCGGACCGGCCCCGCAGUGCAGGGGUGAGUCGUUCCUCCUGUACGGGAUCAGACUGAAGCCAGACCUGGGUGCUGUAUUGGUGCUCAGCACAACGGGAUCAGUGGAGCUGCCAGGAGAUCCCGCUUCCUUUGCAGGCUGCUUCACAGGCUACACAGCUCCGGACUGGGGAUGA